ACCAUUUGUAACAACGCAUCACAUGCAGCAACAUCGCCAAAAACAUGCAACGGAAAACGACUUAACCAAUAUUUAAGAACUACGAGUUAACGAGAUAACAGUAAUACAUAGAUAAAAUUGGUACUUCAAAUGCAUCCUGGUUCCCAUCUGGCCAAUAUGUAGGACAAGAAAAGCAGGGUCCAUUCCAUCUUCGUACAUUCCAUUGUGAGGGGUUAUGCAUUCCACUGUCAGUUGUGCCAAGGUUGAAUACUUCUGAUCAGGUGUCUGCAUUUAUGAUGGAAAACUUGCAGUUCUGCGGUGCAGUAUCAAGCUGUUGUGAAUGCAUGCUAUUAAAGAGAUGUUUGGAAUGAUAACUGCAGAAGAAAAUGGUAUCGGAGAAAAUCUUCUCUUCAUAUUAUACCACAGACCAUUUCAAGAGUAUGGAAAAUGGAUAGGGUUCGCCAUACAGUAUGAUAACACGCUUUAAAUAAUGUAUGGCAUUAUUUGAAAGCAAAGUGAAAAAUAGCCGCUGUGCACGAAACCAGAGCGAGAUUACGUAAUGAUAUUGAAAGAAAAAAAGAUUUUUGUCAGAUAAUGUAUAAAUAUUGGAAGUGCUGUCAAAAUAUUUGCGCUGCAAUUAAAAACGGAAAACGUUUUUAAAAAUCGGUCGCUAAUUUGUCGAUGGGUUAUGUUGAACGACUUUAAAAGCUAUAUUUAAGUUGUCGUCGCUUUUGAGCACAAAAUCAUAAAGAGAUCUUAAAUAACAAUGUUGUCUGAUUAUAAUUGAAAGGAGUUUUAUUUUCUUGCUGUAGAAAAUGAUGGAUAAUGAUGAUGUAUGGAAACACAGGUUAUAGAUGAGGACGGUUGUACUUGGGAUCGGAAAUUUAUUUCAUUUUGAAAUUUGUAGCAACAACUUCUACGUCUGGAGUGCUUAAUUUUUUAUAAAACUGUUUAAAUUUUGGAUUUCUUUUUGUGGUACAUUUUGAUUUACAAAUUCAUUAUUUCAAGCCUUCACAAAAUCUAAUGUGAAGGAAAUGUGAAUAUUCGAAUAAUCAGAAAUAUUAUAUUCAACUCAUUUGUACUAAUUAUCAUACCUUGUUUACAAAGAUCUUUUGAAUUACUGUAAAUUACUGUUUGAAAUAGCACUAUUAAAAAGAGUUGAUAUCAAUUUGUAGAACGCGGAAAAAGUAGUGAGAAAAAUCAUAACAGGUUUAUUCUGUGGAACAAAAAAAACACCUUAAAUGGUAUCUGUAAUGAUUGUGAAUUAAACAAAAUGGAUUAUGAAUGAACAAUAUAUCAUCAGGUGUUAUGUACAGUUAAUCAGAAAACUUUCUUAACAAAACUGCAGGCUAUAUUUACCUACUGAUAUACAAAUCAGCGUAAAUACAAUCUAUCUUUUACUACGCCUUACAAAUAUCCAUACAACUGUAAUUAUUUGUCUACAAAACGUAUAGAAUGAUUUCGCCUCAAUGCUCAUUUGUCUAAGAGCGGAAACCAAAGUCUACGUAAUUCAGAACCACUGAGAAAGCUUUUAUAUGAAAAACAGAUAGACUGGCUAAUCAGCCUCGUCUAUCGUAUUAACAUACAGCGAAUAACUUUUGUCAUAUCUGAUAUACUGUAACCGAGAUGUCAGCCUCGACUGUGGUGUCAUGGAAAAUAAUGCUUUGAUUAAUUACGGAAACGUUGUCAACUCACAAUGCAAGAAACAGGAGUAAUUAAGAGAAGUAGAACAUGAUGCAAAAUUGAUCGUAGAGAUGUUUGUUGUCUAUACAUUUGUAUGUAAUAUAGAAGGAACUGGUUUGGAUAAUAAAAAAAAUUGUUAUUAGAAAGUGGUAUUGUUCAAAAGGAUAACGUUUUAAUAAGAAAAUCUAUUCUUAGAAAUCAGAUUCUCGAAUAUGUGUGGAAUACUUUUGUGUCAGCAAUGUAUACGAUAUUAAUUUUGCUGAAAUUAUUUGAAAAUCAGUUCUGAGAUCUAUAUAUUGGUAAAAUUAAAAUAUUUGAUUAAUUCAAACAUAGGGAUAUUGAACUUACAGGAUCAGAUAAAUAAUAAAUGUACAUUCUGUGUUGUAUAAAGGCUAGAAAUCAAUUAUACAGGAUAAUAUUACUAGAAAUAUUGAAGUUAUUUUAUUAAUAAGUCCUGAUUUCAUUUUGCUGAUACUGUGAUUAAAAUUACACUUUCCGAUGUCGAUGUACAACAGGUUACAGGUUGUGUUAUCUAAAAUAUGGAAAUAAUAUUAUUAUAAGAUUAUUAAAGUUGAACAAAUGAACAAAGUAAAAUUUUGAAUUAGAUUCAGUUAAAACUGAAUUUCUUCCUGCGUUUAUAAUAGGUGUUAUUUAGUUAAUGAUGUAAUACCUGAACUUUAGUGUGUUAAAUCAAGCGGGCAAAGAAAAUAGUAACAACUACAAAUCUUUCACGAUUUAAUAACUUAGUAUGUUACUUUGGAACAAGAAAUCAAGAGUUCUUCUUUUAUUGAUAUAAUAAGUGUGUGACUUCAGUUAAAAUGUUACAAAUUCAAUGAUUUUAAGAGUUUAUACUGAAUAACAGCGACUGUAGGAUAAAAUGCAGUAGGUAAAAGGCACGUAUGCUUUAAGAAUUUAUUAAUGAAAAUUUUGCAUGUGAAAAGCACAUUUGCACAAACCACUGAUCAAAGGGGUUUAAGUAUCAUAGGGGUAGCUUGGUGAGGUACUUUGAUUUUUUGAUACAGUGGUUGAAAUAGAUGCAGCAAUGCGGAUGAAAAUGUCCGAAAAAGUGCACAGAAUAAUUAGGAAGGAGAAUGUUUGAAAUUGUGUUUCAGAUUUUGAAAUAAAAUCUCAGUAUAAAUAUUGAUAAGUAUUCAGUCGUGUAGAAAGGCUUGGUGUAUGGAUUAGUAUUGAAAUUUCCUUCUUUUUUAUGACAUUCUUUUCUCUACGUUUUAUAAAACUUGACUUUUAAGCAGUAAUUUGCUAUAGCAGUUGAUGGAAAUUGUCUCUUUCUUAAGAGCCAGAAAGGAGUUAUAAAGAAAAAGCCAUGUCAAAUUCUAGUCAAGAAAAUCGCUUAUCUACCUCAAAUAUGGAAAUAAAUGGCGGCAUUGGAUUUUAUCAGCCUAGUCAUUAUGUAGCUGCAGAAACUGUAGUGGACGAACAUGGAAAUACACACGUCUCAAGUCAACCGUGUGACUCUGAUAGGAACAACUCGCACAUCCGGAAGACAAAGUCUGAAAGCAAUAAAGACAGUGAAAUGAAAAAUUUGAACAAAGGAAUUACGAUCUCUCCUACUCUGACUUGUCACAGAAAGUGGAAUGUGCGAGAGAAGUAUUUGCUGGCGAUAUGUGCGUUGUUGUUUCUGUCUUGUGUUGCCUUUGUUCUAGUUGCCUUUACGAGGGAUAAAACCUUCCAGAAAAACUGCCUCUGUAGUGAUCCACCAGUGAUUCAUUCGAGUUAUUUACCUCAGGGCAGUGAUUUUAUGAACAGUCAGCCAUUUAUAACUCUAGUCUGUAAUGUGUCUUCUGUAUUGACCUUUGACCCUCACAAGGACCGUGAACCAGUUUUCUGGUGGACACUGCCAAAUCAUAAAAAUGUCAGUGGAAAUAGUGUUAUUUUGGACAGAAGUAAAGGAGGUGGGAAUUACACGUGUCAUGUUCAGAGGACUGUUCAUGGCAAACGUAUUGUAACCAGUUCAUCCACUGUUGUAGUUACAGGAAACAGUAUACCGAGUACAGAGGUUUGUCUCACUGGCAACUGUAUACAAACAGCUGCUCAACUUUUGGGCUCAAUGGAUCCAUCUGUAGACCCAUGUAACAACUUCUUUCAAUAUGCCUGUGGAAAUUGGAAUAAGAAAAACUUCAUACCAGAGGAUCGCACCAGUUACAACACUUUUGAAAAACUGUAUGAUGAGCUGCAGCUAACACUCAGAGCAUUACUGGAAGAUUCACCAAAGGACUAUGACAGCAAUGGUACAUUAAAAGCAAAAGUUCUCUACCAGUCUUGUGUUAAUGUUUCACAAAUAGAACAAGUUGGUGAUAGGCCACUACGGAAAUUGCUGGUAGAGUUAGGACGUUGGCCUGUGAUAGAUAGGAAAUGGUCGGCGAGAAAAUUUGUACUGGAAGAUGUUCUGGGAGACAUGAGGGGAAAGUAUAACGCCCCGAUUCUCGUCGAUGUUUGGAUAGGGCCAGAUGACAAGAAUUCGUCCAUUAAUAUUAUACAGUUAGAUGAGCCAGCGCUUGGUAUGCCCAGCAGAGAAUAUUAUCUACAUGACCCAGAUUCUAUAGACGUGAAAGCCUACCUUAGAUACAUGUGUGAUGUGGCAGUGCUGUUAGGCGCAAACCCCGAUACUGUCAAGACAGAAAUGGAGAAAGUCCUUCAGUUUGAGACUGUCAUAGCCAAUAUGAGUAAACCACAGAGCGAGAGGCAUGACACUGGUGCUAGAUACAACAAGAUGACCAUUGGAGACUUACAAAAGGCUGUACCAAAAUUUGAUUGGCUGAGGUAUUUCAACAAAUUCUUACCAGUGACUGUUGACAAGUCAGAGGAGAUAGUUGUUUUUGCUCCAGAUUUUCUCCAUGACAUGGUAGACCUUGUAGAGCAGACAGAGAAAAGGGUUGUUAGUAACUUUGUGUUGUGGCGACUGAUUCUAGGGUUUAUACCGGAACUCACAAUGAGUUUCCAAGAGGCAAGAAGUGCAUACAGAAAAGUUGUGCAGGGUGUGAUCAGAGAUAAGCCAAGAUGGAAUAAGUGUGUUGAAUAUCUAAAUGAGCGACUUGGCCUUGCCACAGGAGCAAUGUUUGUGCAUGAAAAGUUCAGGAAAGAAAGUAAAGAUGUGGCUUUAGAAAUGAUAGGUAACUUGAGAGCUGCGUUCAUAGACUUACUGCUGGAGAAUGAUUGGAUGGAUAAUGAAACCAGGGCUGUUGCCAGGGAGAAGGCUACUGCAAUCAAGGAGAGAAUCGGUUAUCCAGACUUUAUCCUGGAUCCCGUACAGCUAGACAAAAAGUUUGAGACAUUGUAUUUUGAACCAGACCAAUAUUUUGAGAAUAUUUUGAGAGUGGAGAGAUAUGAUGCUAACAGAACAAUGAUAAAGUUCAGAAAGCCUGUCAAGAAAGAUGUUUGGGAGCAGCACCCUGCUGUAGUGAAUGCCUUCUACAAUCCAAACACUAAUGAUAUAGUGUUUGCUGCAGGGAUGCUUCAGCCACCUUUCUAUAGUGAAUACUUCCCAAAGUCAUUGAAUUAUGGUGGUAUUGGUGUAGUCAUUGGGCAUGAAAUUACACAUGGUUUUGAUGACAAAGGUAGACAGUAUGAUAAAGAUGGUAACAUGAAACAAUGGUGGAAAAAUGAAACAAUACAGGCCUUUCAGAAAAGGACACAGUGUAUAAUAGAGCAGUAUUCUAAUGUUCAGUUAGAACAGAUUGGUGUAAAUAUUGAUGGUAAAAAUACACAAGGUGAAAAUAUUGCUGACAACGGUGGACUGAAACAAGCCUACAGGGCUUAUAAGAUGUGGGAGAAAGAGCAUGGUCCGGAACCACUCCUGCCUGGUCUGAACAUGACCCAUGACCAGUUGUUCUUCCUAAACUUUGCCCAGAUAUGGUGUGGAAACAUGAGAGACAAAGCAGCUCUUGAGAAAAUAAGGACAUCUGCUCAUAGUCCUGGCCCUAUCCGGGCGAGAUUACCACUUGCCAACUCGGAGGACUUCGCCCGUGCUUACAGUUGCCCGUUAGGCAGCAGAAUGAACCCUAUACAUAAAUGCUCUGUAUGGUAACCAAUUAUGGCCAUAUGGAGACAUAUACAUGUAAAAAGUGUUACUUGUGAAGAGAGUAAAUUGUUUGGUAUGAUAAUGGGUGCACCCUAGAGAUGUGUGUGGAGAUCAGUAUGCCGAGGAUCCUAAGUAGAGGACGGAUAGGAACUCCUGAUAUGUUUAUUAUACGCAAACAAAACUAUGGAAUUUGAUUGUUUUAUUCAAUGGUUGGCAGUAAAGGAAAAAGUGUUUGGGGUCAAUAUUAAUCAUAAUACAAUAUACCGGUAAUUGUCAUGGCAUUUAGAAGUUUAGUUAUCAUUAACAAGUUGAGUGAUGGUAUUGAAUUUAUUCUGUUUAAGUCCUUGAAUGAAACUGUAUUUCAUUGCACUUCAUGUAUAUAUAUAGACACAUGAUUUGGACAGUGGCUAUGAAACCUUGUAGACAACAAAAGCUGAACACAAGUUGUAUAGAUUACAGGUAUGCUAUUUACAUGAGUUGUAUGUAUAUAUCAUAAGUUUGGGUAUACGCAAACAUUAUAUGAUAGUGAUUCAUAUACCCUGAAAUCCCGAAAAUAAGCCGGUUUUGAAAAUAAGCUGGUCUCUAAAAUAAACGACGAUUUCACUACAAGCAAAAAGGGCUCAUAAAUUAGCCACACUCAAAAAUAAACCAUCCAUUUUUUAUGCCCCCAGCAUCUACUGAUGCGGGAGGCAUAUGGUGAUUGUCCCAUCCGUCCAUCCCUAUCAGGUUAAUCAAAUGGGACUGUUUUGUCUAGCAUCAAUACUCCUUACUAGAAUGACUUGAUACUAAUGCAGAUGUAACCUGUGACCAUUCCUUAUCAUCAGACAUCACUUGACCUCAGUUUGACCUUAACCUUGACCUCAUUUUGGACUUAGGUUGCUUUAUAUGGGCCAUCUCUUGGUUAACCAGAUGGGACCGUUUUGUCUAGCAUCAAUACCCCUUACAAGAAUGAAUUGAUUCUAAUACAGAUGUAAACUGUGACCAUUCCUCAUCUUCAAACAUCACCAGACCUCAGUUUGACCUUGACCUCGUUCUGGACUUAGGUGCAAAGUCUGUCGACAAAGAUGCCACUGGGGGCAUCAAGCGUUUAUUGAACGCAGCUUCUUGUUUGUAUUAGAAAUAGUAUCAAUGACCUUGUUAGGACACCAUAUAAGAUAGCAAAAGUUACCAACAUGUACAUAGAGGAUCUAUUUCCACACACAAUGCGGUGUUUAUCACAUAUUGUGUAAGUUAUUAAUACCCGUUUUGGGGUUAAAUCACAGGUAUAUUUGUUUGUUAGUACGGACAAAACUUUUUAAUAAGUAAUUAUCUGUUAUGUUCAUUAAGAACUUGUAACAAAAACAUUUAAGUUAGAAGUAUAAGUAUUUGUCGACGACAAUGUUUUUACUAAAAAAAUGUAAAAAAAUAUAUGACAUCCGUAUCUGCAGUACAGUCGAGAAUGCCUUAGCGACUCCCUGAAUUUAAUGACUCCCUGUAUUAUCUGACCCUAGUCAAGUGCACCGGAUGUAAAAUGCUAUAAAAUAAGUCCGUAUUUAGCGACUCCCUGUCUAACAUGACAAGCGACCUUCAUUUUUCAGUCAGAUUUGCUUUAGUUUGUCUUUUUAAGAGACUUUUUACUGGUUUGCUGAUUUUUGGGCUGAAUUCAACCACACUGAGUUGGUUUAAAAUUCAGAAAUUAUUAAAAGGUCCAUCACAAAAUAGUAAAGUUUGAUUUCAACCUGGCAACUCACAGAAUUGCUAAUGACCAGCUAAUAAUAUUUUUGUUUCGUGUCAAACGAUCUCAUAAUUCCCUAUUGUUUACAAAGACAAUAGAUUAAAUUGUAAUCAAUUAGUGUUAAGUUUACACAUCAACAUGUUUGGGUACCACAAGGAUCCGGUGUGGGUGAUCUUUUAGGCCUGUAUUUGUAAGUGGGUGGGGUAUCGGAGGACUAAUUUUGACUGUAUUAAGGGAUUCCCUGCUAUAUGCGACUUUACUUCAUCUGUCCCAUCGAAGGUCAAAUAUGACAGACUUGACUGUAUUUUGGUACUCGAAAAUACCCCUGCCCGCUGUAAGUACUCAAAAGAUAGUCGGACUCAAAAAUAAGCCGGUCUCAAUAAUAAGCCACCAAAUCCUUACGAAAAUUAAAAAAAAAAAACACAGCUUAUUUUCGGAAUUUCAGGGUAGUUUAGUACACAAGAACUGCUGAUUUAUAAUAUCAGCUUAGUUAACCAUUUUUUGCAUUUAGAUGACCGGUUAUUCUGACAUUUUGUAAAAAUAAUGUUUAACUUAGUGACAAAAUUGUCUUCAUGAAACUGAUUUUAUUAAUGAGAUAUUUAUAAGUCUUUCCUCAUUGAAAUUUUUUCAAAUAAACUAAGUGUUCCUAUGUUCUUGGAAACGGCAUUCAUUUCACUAAGAGGGAAAUAUUUAUAGUGCUAACAGGGAUUACCUUCCUUAAUGGUACAGUAAUUACUUACAUCACAAACACCAUGUAACAAUCAAAAUCACAUAACGGUUUCCUUUUCUUUUUUUCCAUCUUAUCGCCCACAUCAUGUUUAUUUAUAGAAUACUCAAAACAAUUAUGGUUACUGAAAUCUAAAAAUUUUUCAUGAGACAGUGUGAAUUCAUUUAAGUUUUUGAUGAGUCAGUUGCAUAUUUGCGGCAGAGGUCUCUAUAGUGUUAGAGAGAAGUCAAAUUGGGUAAUUGUUUUAUAUGAAAUAUAUUUUGUCAUCUGUAGACUGUCUCAGCCAUUACAUUUCAUUUACCAAUAUUUAGCAUAAAGCAGGUCUUUAUGCACAGAAAUGUUUCCAAUGCCCAUUGCAUUUUAACAGUUCUGAAACCCAUGUCUUUGUUAAUAUCGCUGAGGACUAAUUUUCAUGGAUUUCACAGUGGAGUACCGGUAUAUCAGUGAAUUUGGUCCUGAUGACCAUAGAAAAUUAUCAUUUACUAUAUCGUCAAUAUUUGAAAUCCACAAUUUCAGAUUCUUUUGAAAUACUCAAAUUGAGCCAUGGGGAAGCAAAUUUAAGGAAACAGUAACAGCAUGUGGUAAUUUGGCAAAAUAAAAUGGGGAAUACCAGUAGUUUUAACAUACAAUAUUUUACAUAAGGAAAAUAUAAGUACAGAAAAGUAUUGAGUUUGAAACUGAAGUUUGUCAUCAAGUGAUUCAGUUUUCUAGUUAAGUGGUUCUUAAAGGAGUUUCGAUACGUUCUUAAUUUCCAGUUUAUUUGCAGUUGUUUUUUUUCUCCAGUAAGUGUUUUCUGUGAACUAACAAAUGAAAGAUGUACUAUGGUUAUCUUUCAGUGAAUUAUUUCAAAGUUCCAUAAUGCUUUUAAUUCUUUUUCAUCUAAGAAUUUUGUUCAGGACUUACCUGAGAUUCAGUUGCGCAUGCGCAGGUCACUUUCUUGUUGCUAAACACGCCUCAUCAUUUCCAUAAUUUUUAUAGGUCGUAGAUAGAUUUAUAAUACAAGAACUGUAUGAAUUUUACAUUGAAAAUAGUUAGAGAUCUCUCUCCAAAUAGAGAAUGUGAAUAAUUACUUGGUUAGGAAAGUACUACUUUCAGUACUGCUCAUGAACAUGCUGAGUUAUAGUCAUAAAGGAAGAUAAUCAGAAACAAUUGAUAUGAUAGAAUUUCUUCAAACUUUGGAUAUUGAAGGACUAUCCUCUAAGAAACAAAAAUAUGCAAUCAGUCAUAGGUCACCGGUAUUGAAAAAGAGUUAUCUGCCCUUGAAAACGGCUUUUUUUUCAAAAAUAUAACUGGAAUAAUUUUAUACGCCCGUCUCUGAAAGAGCAGUGCCUAUUAUGUGAAUACCUGUGGCUGGCUAUCGGCGUUCAGAAGCAUGUCCGCUCUCUAAGUCGAACAACUGUUUUCAUCCAAUCUCCACCAAACUUGCUGACAAUGUUUGUGGGCAUAAUAUCUCGGCCAAGUUUGAUAACUACCCAAAUUUCCCCAGGCACUCUUGGAUUAUGGCCUUGAAGUACAUGAAAGUUCGAUUACCUACCAAAUCCCCCCAGGCACUCUUGGAUUAUGGCCCUUGAAUUAUAUGAAAAACUGCGAAGUUUGCCUUGUCCGCCCUCUAAGUCAAACAGUUUUCAUCCAAGCUUCACCAAACUUGGUGACAAUGUUUUUGGGCAUAAUAUCUCGGCCAGGUUUGCCAACCACCCAAAUUGCCCCAGGCACUCUUGGAUUAUGGCCCUUGAAUUUCUGUAUCUGAAUAUUUAGACAGGCGUAUUUCGUGACAGUCUGGCACUCUUGUUAUUUUCCUCUUGUGACUUGUAUUGUCCAAUUUAUUUGACCUGUCAAAAAAUGGACCUGGCUUUUAUUAUAUUCUGUUCGAGCCUAUAUAAGAUUAACAUGAAAGCUGGGAACAUGUUUGUCAGGUCAAUUAAAUUGUACAAUAGCACUCAGUUGUUUACAGUACUAACAUGAAAAAUGAUUAAAGCUUAUUAUAUCAACCUAUGAUGUUUUUCUUGGUACUUACAUAUGAACAUAAAUGGCACCUAUUUCUAUGUAGUAGCAACCUUUAUUUUCCUUGCAUAUAUCCACUGCCAUGUAUAAUGAUAUUUAUUGGAGCCACGCCAUGAGAAAACCAACAUAGUGCAUUUGCGACCAGCAUGGAUCCAGACCAGCCUGCGCAUCUGCACAGUCUGGUCAGGAUCCAUGCUGCUUGCUAAGCGUUUCUCUAAUUGCAAUAGGCUUUGAAAGCAAACAGUCUGGAUCCAUGCUGGUCGCAAAUGGUUUCUCUAAUUGCAAUAGGCUUUGAAAGCGAACAGUCUGGAUCCAUGCUGGUCGCAAAUGCACUAUGUUGGUUUUCUCAUGGCACAGCUCAUUUACAGUUUUUCUGUUUAUUGCUGUUCUCAAGUUUUUGAGAUUUGCUUUCAGUGUAAGUAUGUAUUUGACUCUGAAGAUGUGGUUCAAACUUGUUUAUUUUACAAACUUGAUAUUAUUUUUAUGUCCUUGUUUAAUUGUACAUACAGUUAAACUCAUAUCAUGAAUUUGCUUGUCUCAAAGUUCCAGCUAUAUCGAAGACAUUUUCAAGUCCUGUACUAAAAACUGUAUGGUUCAGUUAAUACGACAGAGCUGAUUAUAUCUACACAAUUUGCACCCAUAUUAUUUUCGAGUUAUACGACUCUGAUGUUAAUACAUUUGUAAUGUAUUUGUUCUUCAAGUAUAUUUCGUUUAUAGAUGAAUUUUGUGAUAAGGGUGGUAAGUUUUUCAUUUGUUAGUCAUGAUCUUUUUCAUUUUAUUUAUUUUGUUUGCAGUUGCCAGUUAAGUUAAAAAUGUCUUUACAUAUUUUCAUUAUUGUAUUUUUUGCUUAAGUUUUAAUUUCCUACCUCAGAUAACAAAAUUGCUGUCUCAGAAUGCAAAAAUACAUGUAUAUGAUAUUAGUCCCAUUUCAAAUAAGAAAACUGUAGGUUUGUUUGAUUGAUGACAUUUUGAAUGAGAAAAAAAUUGCAUAAUAGUAUGCUUGGUCUUAAUUCCAUAAGUACCAAAAUAUAAUUUAGAGAAACCCGCAGAUGUAUGCCUACAGCUGUGUAAAUCUGGUUAGCACAUAUUUACUUACAUUUCAGAUACGAAUGUAUAUCCUCCAGUGCUGGAAAAACAUGUCUUACACCUAUCGUAUGGUGUAGAAUGACUCUCUUGUUUUAAAACCUCAUUAUAUUUGAUUAUAAUUGAAUGCAUUAGCUUUUUAAGCUACAACCAAAAGGAAAUGCUUUUUCUUUCAUAUGCAGGAGUAAGAAUCUGUCACCUUCAUAUAUGCGGAUAUGAUUAUCCAGCUGUCAAGGUAACUGGUUUUACAGUCAUUUGCUGGAGCAUCAUUACUGCUUGGACUGUUAUAUUCAAGUUGGAUAUUCACUAACGGUUUCUCACAUGGCUGUUCACUAAUGGUUUCUCGAGUGCAUUUGCGACCAGCAUGGAUCCAGACCAGCCAGUGCAUCGGCGCAGUCUGGUCAGGAUCCAUGCUGUUCGCUAACGGUUUCUCUAAUGGCCGUUCACUAACUGCUUCUCGAGUGCAUUUGUGACCAGCAUGGAUCCAGACCAGCCUGUGCAUCUGCACUGUCUGGUCAGGAUCCAUGCUAUUCGCUAAUGGCAGUAGGGUUUGAAAGCGAACAGCAUGGAUCCUGACCAGAUUGCGUGCAUUGACUUUGUUUGGUGACGACCUACAUCAGUUAUCAAAACCAUCUUUAUAUGGACUUGUUUUUCCUUCUAUGGCUAAAUGGGAAACUCUGAAAAUCUUUUCUCUGAGUCUACUAUUGCUUGGUAUCGAAUUAAUAGGCAGAAAUGUUUCUUGAAUGACUCUUUUAAAAAGGCGUUACCUACAUCAGCCGUGAAAAAUUCAGGUGAUCGAUCUAGAGCCAUUAUGGCCCUCUUGUUUGUCGGAGAUACCAUUCUUCCUUGAAAUGAACCUUUGUGCAAAUUUGUUAGAUCAUGUGAGGACUUAAGGCGUGUAAUUAUGGUCUUGUUUUAUAUGCAGGCGUUCUAACAGGAUGAGUUAGUUAAUGUGCUUGAAAAUUAAAAAAACAAACAUGAAUGUAUAAACUACUUUAUUACAUACUCAUUUAAAAACUCAUUAAGUUUCUGUGGAACCUGAAACGUCAAUAUUUUUCCAUAUUGACGUUCAAAUUUCAUAUCGGGUGUGUCAUGUCAUUUGUGAGGUCAGUUUCAUGUAUGUCAUCACGUUUAAAAGUUCUUAAAUGACGAUAUUUUCCAUUUUACACUGGCUUUAAUAACAACAAAUUAGAAUAAUUUUUAUAAUAAUUUUAAGUGUAGAUUCUUAUGUAAUGAAAAGUUUAUUAGAUUUGCAUCAAGAAAUGUGCUCUCAUUCUUUUGCGCAAUAAUAUUGCGUUCCUAAAGUCGCAUAAUAUUUCCAAUGCAGAACUCGUGCAUAUUUCUCGAUACAAAUCUAAUAACCUAUAAAUAUCAGCUGUAGAAGUGUUAAACAACCAUGACAAGACUAGUAUUUGGUUUCUUUUAAACAAGAAUGUAAUAUGUAACUGGAACAUCAAUUUCAUUUUACAGGUUUCGAUCAGUAUCAGACCUCAGUUUUCAAUAAAUCCACAAGUUUAGAUGUGAUUUUGCUAUUAUCUCACUUCUCAUUUAUUGGCGAGAAAAUUUGUAUUUCUCAUGUAAAACAGAGGAAGAUGCUUAUCCUAACAUUUACAUCCUUGUUUUGUGCAAUUUUUCUAUUGCAUUUCUACAUGUAUUGUGCAUUUUCUUUUAUUUUCUGAUACAUAUUUUUAGAUGUAACCACAUUACACUCGGAUCAUUUUCAUUUUGUUGUUGAUGCUUAAGUGGCAGUUAUUUUGAAGUGCUAGGUUUUUGUCUCGUAGUGCUGAUAUUAAUUGCUGUUUGAUCCAUCUUUUCCUUAAUACGUUUUUUUUUAUUUCUUUUAUAAAUAUAUUAGGGUUAUUAUAACAGUAUCUUGAUAUAUGCGAUGUUGUACCUGACCUAAGAAGACUUUGCUAGGCCUGGAUCCUAUUUGUGCCCACACGAAAACCGAAUGCCGCAUUGUAGGCCAAGGUACUGUUUUAAUGACCUUUUGAUUAAAUAUUUAGCAUAUGUCUACAUGUCUUUCUAGUGUUGUAUCAGCAAAAAUUGACACAAGACUGAAUACUUGAUUAAAACAGUGAACUUUUUGAUGCACAGAUUGUCGAGACAACACCAUUUCAUCAUUUCUGAUUAAAUAUUUUCUGUAUCUGUUGGGAGCUGAAUACAGGGUUUAGUAUUUGUUAGUGAAAUACUUGCCUUUUUUUCAGACAGGAAAUUCCUAUGUGUAUAACAAAACUUUAUACAAUAUAUAAUAUACAUUGUUCUGAUGAACUUCAAGUUUGGUACUAGGAGGUUUAUAUGUACAUUUUGUAUUUAAAUACAUUUUUUUUUUUGUAUCUUGAUUAGUUUUGAAUUUAUCCUCAAAAGCGAUUUGUGUUAGAUAUUUUCUUUUGUAAAUUUCAUUAAUUUUUGAGACCAAAAAAAUAAUUUAAUUUUGGCUUCGUGUUGACGUAAAGUUAUUAUAAAAUCAACGUUUCUGUGGAAAAAUUGUAAAAUUUCAGGAGGGAAAAAGUUGCAUGGGUCAGCAUUUUACACAGGGGAAAAUACAGUUUUGGCCAAAAAAAUGACUUUUUUUAAAGAUAUAUUUAAAUGUCAAAUCAGUCCUGCCAUCACCCCUGGAGACCUUCUAAAUGAUAUAUAGUCAGUGUCUAAAUCUUGAAAAAAUGCCACAAUUUGUAAAAAAAAAAAGGAAAAAAAAAAAAACAAAUAAAUAAGAAUACGUGGUUAUGGACUUGAUGGAUCAAUCAGAUUUCAUUAUGCUUAUUGUGUUUGAAAAGUUUAUACUCUGUUUACAGUUACUUAAGAAUUGUCUUUUUGUAAAUAAAUUGUUAAAAAGUUUCAGACAAAUAAAUACGUUUCUUUUGUUAAAA